GUCAUUCUCAAACGGUUCGUAGUUGGCUCGCUUUCGAUUGCAUGGCCAUGGAAGCUUCAACCAAAAUCUUCAAUGUCUCCAAUCGUCAAUUCUCUAACUCACUCCUCCUCAGAACCCACCCUCUCAAUCUCUCCCCCAAAUCCCUUCGAUCUCCAUUCCCAAAUUUGCCUCCAAACUCUCUCUCUCCUCCUCACAAUCAUUGUUACAAAACAAUCAUUCAGUCAAAGGCCCUUUGUUCCACUUGCAUCCAUUUCUCGCUUUCACAUCCCUCAAUCCCUUCUUUUAAUUCAACUCCAUUAGGGUUCUCUCAAUCCCAAAUUUUCAAUCCUUUAAUCUCUAGCAAUCGAUUCGCUCGUGUCGUAUCUGGGUCAAAAGAUAAGUCAUUUCAGUGGAAUUAUGCUUUAGAGGGCGUUGAUGGAAGAGAUUUGGGAAUUUUGGGUGAUAAGGGACCAAUUGUGACGGUUGUGUUGUUGGGUUGGCUCGGAGCGAAGUUGAAACACUUGAGGAGGUACGUGGAAUUGUACAAUUCGAGGGGAAUUCACGCUGUUACAUUCGUUGCUUCGGUGAGGGAUGUGCUUUCGUUCGAUUUGGGGAGGAAAUUACAGGAGAGGAUCUCUGAAUUUGCGCAAGAGCUUACUACCUGGUUGUCGGAGACGGAAAAGGAUGGGCGCGAACGGGUCUUGCUCUUCCACACCUUCAGCAAUACCGGUUGGCUUGCCUAUGGUGCCAUUCUUGACACUUGGCAAGACAGAGAGGACCUUUUGAUGAAGAUCAAAGGAUGUGUUGUGGAUUCAGGAGGAGACCCAGAUAUAAAUCCUAAGGUCUGGGCUGCUGGAUUUACUGCCGCCCUGCUGCAGAAACGUAGCUCCUCAGUAUAUCCUUCAGUUAACCCUGGAGAACAAAAUGAAUUAAGCAUUGGAGAUCCGAUACCAAUGAUGCAAGAAAAGGAACCUCCGUUAAUUGAAUCCUUGCUCCUGUUUGCAUUUGAGAAGCUCUUUGCCUUUCUUCUUAACUUGCCUGAUGUAAAUCAGAGGUUGAUGAAGAACAUCGCUGCCCUCUCGAAGAAGCAGCCGCCUUGUCCUCAGCUUUAUUUAUAUAGUUCAGCUGACAAGGUCAUUCCGUUCCGCUCCGUAGAAUUGUUUAUUGAUGACCAGAGGAGAAUGGGGAGAAAAGUAUGGUUUUAUAACUUUGGCACGACCCCUCACGUUGAUCAUUACCGAACUUUUCCUGAUUUAUAUACGUUGCAGCUUCAGAAUUUCUUGAAGGAGUGUGUUGCCAUGGUAAAACAAGUUUAGAAGCAUGCUAAUGCAGAUUGUGUACCAGUCAUUUGAUUUGUUUGAUAACUGCUUGUGUAGUGUCAUUAAGGCCAGGGGCAAUAAUUUUAGAGAAUAGUUCCUAAUUCUGAUGUUAGUCAUGCUACAGAAUCAAUGUAUAUUACUAUCUUAUCCAGCUAAUGCAAUGCCAU